AUGAGUCUGCUGAGGCCCAGCGGGCUGAAGGCCCCCACCAAGAUCCUCAAGCAUGGGAGCUGGGCCCUGAAGGCACCCUCGGCCGCGGCUGCUCCCGUUGAGAAGACCGUGCCUGGGGAGAAAACCCCCAGCGACCCCUCCUCGGAGAUGCAGGAGGAGUUUGCGGGCGACUUCCAGGUCGGGGAACGAGUCUGGGUGAACGGGAACAAGCCUGGAUUCAUCCAGUUCCUCGGGGAGACCCAGUUUGCCCCUGGUCAGUGGGCCGGGAUCGUCUUGGACGAGCCCAUCGGCAAGAACGACGGCUCGGUGGCGGGUGUGCGCUACUUCCAGUGCGAGCCGCUGAAGGGCAUCUUCACCCGGCCUUCCAAGCUGAGUAGGAGCUUGCAGGCCGACGAUGAGACCAACUGCCGGCAGCCAGCGCUUGCCGCCUGGGCCACACCGCCCCUGUCGGCCUCCCCGGCCCUUGCCGGCACCGCGAAGGUGCCCCAGUCCCCCGCGAAGGAGGCGCCGGCCACCCCUCACAUCAGCAGCCUGACCAGGACGGCCAGCGAGUCCAUCUCCAACCUCUCUGAGGCUGACUCCCUCAAGAAAGGGGAGCGGGAGCUGAAGCUCGGGGACCAGGUGCUGGUGGGAGGCACGGAGGCGGGUGUGGUGCGCUUCCUCGGGGAGACGGACUUCGCCAAGGGGGAUUGGUGCGGCGUAGAGCUGGACAAGCCACUGGGCAAGAACGAUGGUGCCGUGGCCGAAACGAGGUACUUCCAGUGUCAGCCCAAGUAUGGCUUGUUUGCUCCCAUUCACAAAGUCACCAAGAUCGGCUUCCCGUCCACGACGCCAGCCAAGGGCAAGGUGGCCGCCGUGAGGCGUGUGAUGGCCACCACCCCCGCCAGCCUGAAGCGCAGCCCUUCGGCCUCCUCGUUCAGCUCCGUCAGCUCCGGGGCCUCAUUCGAGAGCAGCAGAUACGGCCGCACGGGACUAUUGCCGGAAACCUCCUCCUGCUAUGCCCACAAGAUCUCCGGCACCACCGACCUCCAGGAGGCGCUGAAGGAGAAGCAGCAGCACAUUGAGAAGCUGCUGGCCGAGCGGGAACUAGAGCGGGCGGAGGUGGCCAAGGCCACGAGCCACAUGGGGGAGAUAGAGCAGGAGCUGGCCCGCCGGAACGGGCACGACCAGCACGUUCUGGAGCUGGAGGCCAAGAACGACGAGCUGCGGGCCAUGCUGGAAGCGACCGACUGGGAGAAGGUGGAGCUGCUGAAACAGCUGGAGGAGGUGAAGUCCCUGCAGGCGGCCUCUGAGAAGCUCGCCAAGGAGAACGAGUGCCUGAGGACCAAGCUGGACCAUGCCAACAAGGAGAACGCGGACGUGAUCGCCCUUCGGAAGUCCAAGCUGGAGACGGCCAUCGCCCCGCACCAACAGGCCAUGGGUGAGCCGAAGGAAUCUGUGAGCCAGGGCGUGGGCGCCGAGGCGGCCGAGCUGGCCGAGCUCAAGAUGCAGAUCGAGAGGCUACAGUUCGAGUACCAGCAGGAGGUGGAGAGCCUGAAGGCCCAGCAGGCGGCUGAGCGUGCAGCGCACGCCUCCGAGCUGCAGACGCUCAGGUCGCGGCUCUUCAGGACGGCCCAGGAGCAGAAGAACAGCCUGGAGGCCGCACUGGCCAAACUCGAGCAGACCGAGGACCAGCACCUGGUGGAGAUGGAGGACGCCCUGAGCAAGCUGCAGGAGGCGGAGAUGAAGGUAAAGCACCUGGACGGGUUGCGGGCCGUGUGUAGUCAGCAAGCCCAGGCCCUGGCCAAUGCCACGGCACAGCUGGAGGCCACCCAGCAGAAGCUCUUGCAGCUCGAUGGGCUCUGGAAGGCCAGUUCCGAAGGUCAAUUGGGAAUGGAGAAGCUCAGGCAGCAGCUCCAGGUCGCUGAGCGGCAGAUUCAGGAGGAGUGCUGCCUGGACAGCGACCAGACGGGCCUGUACCACGUGGCCAAGGGCCUGAUGACGCUGUAG